UCUCUCUCCCCAUUUUCUCCUUCCUCCGAUAAAGUUUUCAACAGAAAGAAUAUCAGAGAUGGAGGGUCAUGAUGCAAGCAAGUACAGCAGGGGGGUUGCUAGGGCCCGUCCAUUGGUUGGAGAAUCAGCAGACAUGAAGCUGGCCCAGAAGAUGAUGUCUGAGAUGUUGGUAAUUGUUAUUGUGGUUGCUGCGGUUGGGAUUGUCACAGGUCUCCCUGUCGGCCUCCCUUACCAUGAAUUCCUCUCCACUGCUUAUGCUGCGGCAAAUUUCACCAUUUUCACAUUGGGGAUGGGACUUCUUGUGCUCUUCAUCCUAUUUCCUCAGGUGCCUUUAUCAGUCUUUGUAGCAAAGAAGUUAGUUGGUGUGGCUGCUGGACUGGAUCAACUUUCACUCAGCCUUAAGAGCAAGUUCAUCACCAUGAGGGCUGCUGGGGCCCGUCCAUCGGUUGGAGAGGCCCAGAACGGGAUGUUCAUGGUGCCAUUCCUUGUUAUUAUGGCUGCUGCUAUUGGGAUUGUUUCAGAUCUCCCUGUUGGCUUCCCUCACCAUGAAACCCUCUCCAUUGCUUAUGCUGUAGCCAAUUUCAUCACUUUCACAUUGGGGAUGGCCUUUCUUUUCCUCUACAUUCUAUUUCCACAGGUGCCCGUAUCAUUCGUUGUGGCUGCGGGGACCCCUCCAUGGGAUGCUCCUCCAUGGGAUGGAGAAUUAGUAGAUGUGAAGCCGGUCCAGAAGAGGAUGUUCAAGGUCUCUUUCCUUGCUAUUACCAUCGCUUCCAUUGUGAUUGUUGCAGAUCUCCCUGUCAACCUCCCUCACCACGAACUCCUCUCAAUUGUCUACACUUUAGCAAUUUUCGCCACUUUUGCAUUCAGUGUGGUGCUGAUUUUGCUCUCCAUCCUAUUUCCGCCAUUGCCCAUAUUGGUUGUCGUGGCAAAGAAGCUGAUUUGGGUAGCUCUUGGACUGGUUUACCUUUCGCUCGGCCUUGGAAUGGCUAUCCAUGCCAUUUCUUGAUGUCUUGCCGCUCCCUUGUUUGUUUAUAUAUGUUGCCCCUUGUUAGCUUAUACAUAUGUUUUCCUGCUAAAAACCAUAAAAGAUUCAUACAUGUGAGCUUGGAUUAUUUCUACAUUUGUACAUUUCUCUGUAUUUUAAAUUGAUGGAACAUGAGGAGAAAAUAAUCAUAUACCAAAAUUAUCC